AUGGCUCUUGCCCCCGUCGCAGGCGCCAUCGCGGCGUCCACCGCCGGCCUCGCCUAUCUCGACGCCAAGUUCCACAUCACCAAAGACGUCCGCGGCAUCCUCGGCCAGCGCGCCGCCCAACGCGCGCUCGAGAAGACGGCCCAGGGCAAAGGCCAGUCCCUCUGGUACCAGUUCGAAGCCCAGGUGCGCCGCCUGCCCUCGGACGCCGAGGCUAUCUGGAGCCGCACGGGCUGCUACACCUGGGCCGAGACGUAUGCGAAUGCCUGCCGCUAUGGCCAGUUCAUGCGGCAAGCUGGCCUGCAGCCGGGCAAGCUGGUGGCCAUGUACAUGAUGAACAGACCCGAGUUCUUGUUCACCCAUCUCGGCAGCUGGAGCAUUGGGAGUGCGCCGGCGUGGAUCAACUACAAUCUCGCAGGGGAUGCGCUGGUGCAUUGUCUCAAGGUCGCAGAUGCGAAACUCAUCGUCGUCGACGAGGACGACGGCUGUCGAAGGAGGAUCGAGGAGGUCAGGCACCGGUUGGAGGCCGAGCUGGGCAUGACGAUUGUCGUGCUGGAUCAGACGCAGAAGGGCGGCAUCUCGCGCCUGGAGCCGAAGAGGCCGGGCGAUGAGCUGAGGGUCGCUGCCAAGGGGAAGUUUCCUCUGUUCCUGUUCUACACAAGCGGCACAACCGGCCACCCCAAGGCCUGUCCGUUCGAGACGCAGAGAGCGGCCGGCCUCACUGGUCGCGUCGGUGCCAUGGGGCUGAAAACAGGACCCAACGGCGAUAGGUGGUAUGUCUGCAUGCCGCUCUACCACGGCACAGGAGGCACAACAGCGCUGGUCUGCAUGGUCACGGGCAUCACAUGUUGCAUCGGCACCAAGUUCUCCACCUCGCGAUUCUGGACCGACGUCCGCGACUCUCGAUCCACGGCCAUUGUCUACGUCGGCGAGACAGCCCGCUACCUCAUCAACACGCCCCCCAGCCCUCUCGACAAGAAGCACAACGUGCGAGCCAUGUACGGCAACGGCCUACGACCAGACGUGUGGCAGCGCUUCGUUGACCGCUUUGGCAUCCAAGUCGUCGGCGAGUUCUUCAACAGCACAGAGGGUGUCAUGGGCCUGUUCAACAGCUCCCGCGGCCCAUUCACUGCAACAUCCGUCGGCCACCAGGGCCUGAUUGACCGCUGGCGCUUCCACAACACCUACGUCCCCGUCCAAGUUGACAUCGUCACCGGCGAGCUGAUCCGCGACCCCAAGACAGGCUUCUGCAAACGCAAAGCCUACGAGGAAGGCAGCGAGAUCCUGGUCCAGAUGCCCGACGAAUCCGCUUUCGUAGGCUACUACAACAACGCCGAAGCAACGCAGAAGCGCUUCGAGCGCAACGUCUUCAAGAAAGGCGACCUCUACUACCGCACCGGCGACGCUCUCCGCCGCGACCCAGACGGACGCUGGUUCUUCCUGGACCGGCUGGGCGACACGUUCCGCUGGAAGAGCGAAAACGUCAGCACCGCCGAGGUCGCCGAAGCACUCGGCUCCUUCCCCGGCAUCAGCGAAGCAAACGUCUACGGCGUCGAAGUACCCGGACACGAUGGCCGGGCUGGGUGUGCAGCUAUCAACAUCGCGUCAACACACACCGACGCCUUUGACUUCAGCGGCUUGUUGGCCCAUGCGAAAUCCAAGCUGCCCAAGUAUGCGGUCCCUGUUUUCCUGCGGGUACUCAAGUAUCAGACGAGUAUGCACAACAACAAGCAGAACAAGGUGCCGCUGAGGAACGACGGUAUCGAUUUGAGGAAGAUCAUGGACAGGGCCGAUAAAGAAGCGGCGGAGAAGGGGGCAGAGGGUGUCGAGUAUGACACGCUGUACUGGCACCCUGCUUCACUCGCUGCUCACUCAGGUCUGGUGAAAGAAGAUGGGGGGUAUGUGGUGUUCACAAUGGAGGACUGGGAUCGAUUAAGGGAAGGUGCGGGUGGUGUUGAGGCGAAGCUGUGA